CAUAUUAAUUUGUGCCAAUCAUAUGAAAAUGAUAAUAAAUCAAAUGAAUAGAUAAUCCAAUCCAAUAGAUGUGAACAGAAUAUCUUGACUCAUUCGGUGAGGUUCAAUGUAUAUAUACAGUGUACACAACUAACAGAGUAGAUACAUACUUGUAACAGAUUCCAAUUCCAAUCUUGAUACGGAGUACUGUCCUGUCCGAACAAAUCCUCACCACUCAAAAAUGGCCUCCGCCUAUUCCCCCUCACAAAUCGACAUCUACGAAGAAUACAUAUCACUCCCCACCCAAUACCGCGUGAAAAACAAUCCCGCACUAACUCUCGAAUAUUUAACAUGUCUACACAUGCAUCAAAUCUCCAGUAUCCCAUACGAAAAUCUACUCUUACACUAUUCACCCGAUCAUUCCGUAUCUCUCGAUCCUCAAAAACUCUUCACUAAAAUCAUAACUAAUGCUCGAGGAAGAGGAGGAUAUUGUUUAGAAGGCAGCACAUUCUUCAAUCAUAUAUUACGGGCGCUGGGAUUUCAAGUCUAUACCGCUGGCGUUAGAAUACGUCGAAGAUCUACAGAAGAUGGUGUACCCCGCGGUGAUUACACAGGCUGGUAAGGUUAAGACAACUUUCUCAGCCCCUCUCGCUUACCACAACCCCUUCCCCCUCCCAUCAAAUCAAACUAGCUAAUUACAGAGUACAACGUUAACCACCCCCAGGUUCCACAUAGUAAACAUCGUGACUCUCCCCCAAUGCAACCACCAAAAAUACAUGGUAGACAUCGCGUUCGGCGGCGACGGAGCCACCAAACCCCUCCCCCUGAUCUCAGGCCACUCAGUGCAUAAUCUCGGCACGCAGGAAAUCCGUCUAAUAUACGAAAGUAUCCCGCAACAAAUCGACCAGUCAAAACCCCUUUGGAUAUAUCAAUAUCGGAAUAAUGCAGAACAGGAAUGGAAUUCCUUUUAUGCGUUUAGUGAGCAUGAAUUUUUGGAUGUGGAUUUUGAGAUGGUGAAUUUUUAUGUGAGUAGGGAUGUGAGUGAGGGGAAUUUUCAGGUGGGGAAUGUUUUGGUGGUGGGGUUUUGAGGGGAGGGAUGGGAGGAUUAGUGGGAGGGGAGGGUGGGAAGGUUGAGGGAGAGGUGAUUAUUGGGAAGAGGAUGUUAAUUAAUGGGGUUUUGAAGGAGAAUCUAGGAGGAAAGACGAGGGUUAUUAAGGUUUGUGAAAAUGAAGAUGAGAGGG